UGCCUAGUAAUACAUAUAAAGUUGUAAAUUAAAGUCUGCUUAUGUAAAAGUUUAUAUUUUAUAUAAACAACAAACGUACAAAGAAAUAAAUAAAAAAUUAAAAAAUGCACAGAAAAUCCAGCUAAACAAAUGACAUCAUCGAACUGUGAAAGGAAUCCUUUUUUUGUAUGACGUCGGGCCGCUCCUUCCUCCUGAUUUGACACUUCGGGGACAAGCAGCACUUCCGGUUUGGAGCAGUCAGUUUCGGUGAGACGCUCGAACCUCAAACGGGGAUUAAAUAAUAUAACACCGCGGCUGCAGAGAUGUCGGUGAACGGUAACAAAUUCAGCUCUUUGACCCUAGUGCAGUUAAACGAGCUGCUGGACGACGAUGAAAAACUGAGUAACAUGAUCCAGGAGAUGGACGAGGUGCAGAAUGUGAAGCUGACGAAAGAAAUGACCCUAGCAAGUAAUCGCAGCUUAGCAGAACAAAACCUCCUACAUCAGCCCAAACUAGACUGUCUGAAAGUGCAGGUAACAAAGAAAUACUGUCAACUGCAGGAGCUGUUUGAGAAGUAUCAGAUGAGGAAAACGACACUAGAUCACCAGUCCAGCAGGGGCUCCAUCGACACACUCCUGGCUCUCCUGCAAGCAGAAGGAGCGAAAAUUGAAGAAGAAACAGAGAACAUGGCUGAAACGUUUCUCGAAGGGGAAUCGUCUUUGGACUCGUUCAUUGAUGAGUAUCAGAGCAAGCGGAAACUGGCUCACCUGCGGCGGGUGAAAAUCGACAAGCUCCGGGAGAUGGUGCUGAAGGGACACCGGCUGCCCCAGGCUCCAGCGCAGGCUCCCCUGGCUACAGAAGCAACCCCAGCCCCCCAGGCGCCCCCUUCAUUCUCCUCCGACAGCAACGUUCCUCCUGUCCCCAUGCCAAGACGGGCUCCGCCUGCACCUCCAGCCAUGGGCACCACCCAGCCCACUCCUUUCAGUGCUGCAAUGCAAUCAGGGCCAGCUCCUCUGCCAUACCCAGCCACUCCGUACCCUCCUAUACCUCCUCGAGUUGGCAACCCACUCCCAAACCAGCCUAUGGCAGGCUACCCCAACCUGUUUCUGCAUCAGUACCCACCAGCACUCCCCCAAAGACCCCCACCUCGCCUCGCCCCGCAGCCCGGCUUUAUCAUGCAGUGAACAGGUACUGUAGUUAAGUGCAAAUGUCUGGAUGGUCGAAACACAUGUAAAAUACAUACAUAUGCAUUGGAAAGCUGUUUGAUAGGAUUCACAUACUGUAUGCUUGUAAAUGCCUGGAUAUUUGGUAAAAGAAACAUAACAAAAACCCACUUCAGUUUUAUAUAAUUAGUUAAGGUAUGUUUUGGUUGUAUUUAUCGCUUUUGUAGAGAAUUCAAACUGCUCUGUGAGUCCUGAUUCACUCCAGGCUGUUUAGUCAUACAGAUAGUUUUAUAUAUAUUUUUCCCAUUAUUGGAAACAUAGCUGUGGUAGCGCAUUUUAAAUACAUUACAAGUUUAAGUUUUCCCUAUUUUAAGUCUUUUUUUUCAUAUAAUAGUAAUCUUAAUUUUAUCCUGUUUACAACAUUUUAGAAUUGUUAUUUACAUUUCAUGAGUGAUCACAAAAUAGGACACGCUGUACAAUAACCCUGGAUAUUCCUGAUUGAACAGCACUGUACUCUGGGGUACACUUUAGAGAGUAGGCUAAGAAUCCGUCUAGAAAGUUCAACAAUAACGUGCGUUGAAGGGAUUUACAAUACACUGUGCUAUAACACCUGUGCUGAAGUUCAAACUGCAGCUAAAGUGAACCCAAACAUUUUGAAUAAUCAGGUUAAAAGCGUAAACCGGCUACCAAAGAUGUUUUUGUGAUCUUUCUUUCUUUCUUUUUUUUUUUAGGUUGCUGGUGUUUUUUUUUUUUUAUUUUGUAUUAUUGAGUAUUUAAAAAAACAAAACAAAACAAAAAAAACUGAGAAACUGGAUUAUUUCAGGAUUUGCUUGGUAGAUUUUUUUUAGAAUGAAUGUGAUAAAUCCUUAAUAAAUCCUUCACUGCAUAUAUUUGACAGAAGUUGCUAUUAUGCCUCCCCUCCCCUCCCACGAUAUGCACGAAGGCUCCACAUCAGACCAGUUUUUAUAACUACUCUUUGUUGCACCUUUUUAUACACAUACAGAUAUAAAGUCAUUUGCAUUUAAGCUGGUGGUCAAAAAUGUUCAGGGAAUAUCAGUUUAAAGAAGCAUUAACCUGUAUAAAUGUUUCUGGAACUUGCACAUUUAAAACCAUAUAUGCACGUGACUUUAACGCGCCUUAGUAGCACUGCUUGUGAUGGGUGGACUACAACCGAAAACUGGCUGGCAUCAGUAGGCACCUCAUUGGGCACUGUUACCUUUCGUUCUAGUCUUCCUAAGAGACUGUGUUUUGUAAUACAGUAUAGCAGGGUGUAGUAGGAAUGGGAUGUGGAAAUGCAGGAGAUGUAUUACCAUUACUAGUUCAAAGGAGAAGCCAUUUAUUUUCAGAAUCUGUCUGCCCUGUUUUUGGUUUCUGAAACACAAAACAUAAAAAAAAAAGCAAUCGGUACUCAUUUAUCAGUAAUAGACAUGUGAGCUGUUUGCCUAUUUUAGUUGCAUAUAGUAAUGUUGUAAUGCAUUAGUUAGUUCAGUGGUCAGUGGUACACUAUCUCAGGAAAGAUUUUAGACCAAAUAGAACAUGCCACCUGCUUUGGUUUUGUCAAAGGAAAGGAAAACCCUUUUUUUGUGACCCAAGUCUGAGAAAUCAUCUGCUAUCCUUUUGGUUUUUACUAAUUAUUUAAAAACUUGGGGAUUAAGAGAAUAAAGAAAAGCACAGCAUCAUAGCUUUUAAUUUUGGUGGUUGAUAAAACGCCAUUGGAAGUGUCCUGUUGCCCUUGAACACUUUGCCAUGAUGUUGCUUCAGGUUUUGUUUCCUGAACUCCAGUGUUCAUGUGCACACCCCAUCAGCCAGCCCCAUCAUUUCCUUUUGAAGAUCAGCGAGGCAGAGCGGGCUAUUUACUGUAACACUUGCAGAGUUACCAUCCUAACUGUGGCAGUGAAUUGAAAGGUCUUUGCAGAGUGUAAAUAGCCUUGUGUUGCACCCUUUUUUUUAUCUAACACGGUAAUGUAACUGAAUAUCUGAUGUAAGUGUUGCUUUCAGAAUUCAGUGAGAGGUAUCGGAUACAAGUGCCACAAUAUAAACCAUCAAGUGGUUUGCUAUUCUGCUCUCUCUCUACUGUUAAAGCCAUCCUUUAUGCUCCUAGCCUGGUCACUUGUGUGUUAGAAACUGGUUUAAAUAUACACUACAGUACGAUGGUCUAAUGUAUAGCGCUGUUUCCAAUUUAGGACUUUUGUACCAGCCUACAUAUCAACUGCAUAUCUGAUUUAAAAAUAUAUAUAUAUAUAUAUAUAUAUAUAUAUAUAUAUAUAUAUAUAUAUAUAUAUAUAUAUAUAUAUAUAUAUAUAAAUAAAAAAAAGGAAAUAUGUAGAUUCUCUGUAAAAACUGCAAAAAUGUGAGUUUGUACUCCUACUUUGUCAAACUGUCAAUAUAUAUGUGUGUGUGUGUGUAUAUAUAGUCUGGUUUUUGAAAUUAUAUUUAAGUUUUAAUCUAGCUACUCCUUUCCUAACAAUUUUCAUUAUUAAAAUAAAAAUAGCUGUGAUGAAAAAAAUACAUAUAUGCUAUACAUUUUGUUCAUUGAGGUGCUGAGGUUUUUUCCUGAACUAAAUUGCCAUAGUAAAACUUAAGGACUAAUUUGCUGUAUACCCAUUCAACAGCACUUUGUGCCUAAACAAAGAAGUUAAGUAACCAGAAAAUUGGUCAAAGUGUGUACUUUCAGGGUGUACAAGCUCCACCUAGCCUUUUGUAGUUCCUGAUGGUGUUUUUUUUUUUUUUUUUUUUUUUUAUAUAUAAAGUGUUGCUUGUGUGUGUUUUUUUUUAUUGAUAAAUUCAGUGGCUCUGCUGCUAAGCCAAGCUUGGAAAGCCCUGUUUACCUUCAGAAUUGAGCGUGUAUUAACAUAACUGAUUUGCAUCACCAUCGUUUGCAUGCUGCAGUGAGUGAGCAUGCAGAUACCUGAAAUCUAGUUUCAUGCAGGUGUGGGAAGCCAGCUUCACCCGAAACCUUGAUUCUGAACUUCUUAUACAAUAUGAAACCUACCUUAUGUCAGCAAUAGUGCUAAGAAGCAUGGUAUCGCCUUUUUUUUUUAGCAUGCAUGUGGUGUAGAUGGAAACGUAGCUUUUGAUACACAUGCAGCUGCCCAUCCUGUCCAGCCUAGCAUGUAGCAUUUAAUCCAGAUACGUCUCGGGUCAAACUAGAAAGCACUCGCCUUGCCAGUUUAAAGUGGUUGCCAAACCACCUUUGUAAAAUAAACUGGUACUAUUGAGAGAGAUUGUAUCUUCAUCCUUUUAUUUGAAUCUUGUUCAACAGUAGGUGGAUCUUGAACUCCCUGUGAUAUGUGAGCCUCAGUAAGCACUAUACUCUCAGAAAUUGCUGUUUUUAUAAUGUAAAAAGUAGCUCCUUGUACACUCCUAAUGUAAAAUAAAAUGUAUUGUAAUAAUACUGUUCUGUAUGACUAAUGAAGGUUGUAGUGGUGGACUGCAUAAGUUACCACUGACUAUUUUAAGUCUAAUAAAUCAAAUGUUUGUA